CAGGAACUGUCAGUAUCUUUUUUUCCCCCCGCAAGGAAAGUACAAACCGAGACGUUUGUUGUGGGGUAAGAAAAAACUGCCGAAUCUCAAAAGCAGAUUGCGACACAGAUAUAUGAAGGAUCUACUGUAGACUUGUAAAGCUUUCCGGGGACAGCUGAGACUGUCCUGUGAUGUUCACAGACAUGGACUAUGACUUGGAGGAGGAUAAACUGGGAAUCCCCACAGUUCCUGGCACCGUGACUCUAAAGAAAGAUGCUAAUAAUCUUAUUGGCAUCAGUAUAGGAGGUGGAGCACAAUACUGUCCUUGUCUAUACAUUGUCCAGGUUUUCGAUAACACCCCCGCAGCUGUGGAUGGGACUCUGGCAGCAGGAGAUGAAAUCAGUGGUGUGAACGGGAAACCAGUGAAAGGGAAAACGAAGGUGGAGGUGGCUAAGAUGAUUCAGGCUGUCCAGGUAUUUCAGAUUUUAUGACGGUGUCACAGUUUG